AUGGGGAACUCGCUGGGGUGCUCUGCUUCGGGCGAGCGGUUGGUAUCAGCCGCGCGGGACGGGGACGCCGUGGAGGCACGCAUGCUGCUAGAGCUCAGCCCGGCGCUCGCGCGCUACUCCACCUUCGGGGGGCUCAACUCCCCGCUCCACUUCGCCGCUGCCAAGGGCCACCUCGACAUUGUGACGAUGUUGUUGGAGAAGGGUGCGGAUGUGAACGCGCGGAACUACUGCGGCCAGACUGCAUUGAUGCAUGCGUGUCGUCAUGGACACUGGGAGGUAGUCCAGAUGCUUCUGCUCUUCAGAUGCAAUGUUACCAGGGCGGAUUACUUGAGUGGUCGAACUGCGUUGCAUUUUGCAGCACAUGAUGGACUUGUUCGGUGUGUAAGGCUUUUACUUGCUGAUUUUGUCCCAAGUUCAUCCUUGGAGGAUAGUGCCUCUUCAGUGGCAGAUGGUGGUGAUUGUCAGACGAUAAGCGGCAGCAGUCCUAAUUCUUCACUGGGACUGAAGUUCAAUGAACAGGCUCGUGCGAGGUACAUCAACAAACCUGCUGAUGGCGGUGUUACCGCUCUUCACAUGGCAGCUUUAAAUGGUCAUUUGGAUUGCAUGCAAUUGUUGAUUGAAUUAGGUGCAAAUGUCUCAGCAGUCACAUUUCCCUAUGGAACUACAUCAAAUCUAAUAGGAGCUGGCAGCACUCCCUUGCAUUAUGCGGCCGGUGGGGGGAAUCAGGAGUGUUGCCAGCUACUUCUUGCAAAAGGAGCUAGCAGGUUGACACUCAAUUGCAAUGGGUGGCUUCCUCUUGAUGUUGCUAGGAUAUUUGGACGGCGUUCCUUGGAGCCAUUACUUUCUCCAAAUUCACACUCAAUUAUCCCUGUAAUUCAGCCAUCGAGUUAUCUUGCCUUGCCGCUCAUGAGCAUACUUAAUAUAGCCAGAGAAUUUGGGUUGCAACACACUAUAUCCUCUGUGGAUGAUAGCGACCUUUGUGCAGUUUGCCUGGAAAGGUCUUGCUCUGUAGCUGCUGAAGGCUGUGGUCAUGAGUUUUGCAUCAAAUGUGCUCUCUAUCUUUGCUCAACCAGCCACGUCUGUGUUGAGUUCACAGGCCCACCUGGGUCGAUCCCAUGCCCUCUCUGUCGGAGUGGAAUAAUGUCAUUCACUAAGUUACCGGGCACACCGACAGAAGGGCUUAAAUCAAGCUCAGCACUCACAUUUUGCAAUCCAUGCAUCCUGAACACCCGAUCUGUGGACUCGCCAGCAACUGUCUGCAAAGCUGAAAUCAGGCGCAACCGUGUUGCAGCUGUCUCUUCCGAGUUAGUCUGCCCACUCACCUGCAGCCCGUUUCCCUCGUCCGCCCUCCCAACCUGCAGGUGCAGCGACGAUGAUCCAUGCGGCUCUACAGAAACACAGGAUGGCUCUGAAGUGCAAUCUCCUCGCCCCUCGCAUAGCGCAAGUACGGAGAUGGAUAAGAGUAGUGAGCAGGAUCUUGAUCAGACCACCUGCUCGGGCAUGUUCUGGAGUCGCAGAAGCUGCCAGAGGGAGCAGCAGUGCAAUGCGGAAAUCAAUGCUUGAUCCUUCUCCUUCCUGGUUGUGAAUAUAUUUGGAUUCAUAGCAGCUCAAUGUGGGAGAUGAUCAGCGGCCAUUCUUUCCUCCCCGGCUGUGUUCCUUUUUCUCCUAUUUACAGCCAAGAUUUUGGUGAUCACACAGCUUUUGGCUGCUGUAGUUUUUACUGUACUGUAACAUGGGGUUACAUCUGUUUGUGUUAUUUCAUAUGUGCCUGUGAGUCUAGAUCAGAGCUUGAAAAUAUCAAGUUAGUUACUGUUCUUUGUAGCUGUAUGUAAUUUUCAGGGUUUGGAUGGGGUUGUUGAUUUGAUUCUGAUGAUAAAAUUUAUGUAAAGUGACAUCAGAUUACCAUCUAAUGAUAUAUACACAUAUGCCAUGAUCUCUUCA